AUGCCAGCUUGUAGCUGUAAACAACAUACUAACUUUUCAAAAGAUGAGACUUUUAAAAUAUACAGACUUUCCAGCAAGAAAUUCAAAACUUCUGUUGUUGAAGGUCUCAUUGAAAAUGGUCAUCUGUGCAAAAGGUCAGUAUACUUAUGUACAGCAUGUGCUGCAUACAGCGAGAAAAACUUAAUUUCCAAUGGAAAAGACAUUGAAAACGAACUUGUUGAGCAAAUAGUUAAUUUAAUUAAAACAAACAACAUAUCUGAUGAGAAUGUGAGUAAAAUUGUGGAAGCCAUUGGCACUAGAGAAAGCAGAGAGAUGAAAGACGAUUUUAAUGAAAAUAUAUUCAGCCAAUACAAAAAUGUUGAUUUUUUAACAUCUGCCGCUAUUGAUACGUGGAUUUCUGAAAGAAACAAUGUCGUAUCUUCAUUUUUAUUGUCUUUGUGUGGGAAAAAGAUGUGUGAUUUAUCAUCUACAGAAAAAACUAAGAUUGUGUUUGCUAUUGAACAUUUGUACUGCCUUGUUUCUUCGAACAUAAUCAUGCCAUUUUCAUUUAGUUUGAAUCUCUUAACAUAUUACAUGUCAAAUAGCAAAACAGUAUGUAAUAUGUACUCCAGUGCUCAUCCCGCCGGAAGUUACACGUCUGUUCUGAAAUGGAUAGAAGAACAUGCAACCACUCCAAUAACCAUUCCAUUUCAGCAUGACGUGAUAACAUAUUUCGACAACAACCAAGUUUUAGCGAGGAACUGGAGGGUGCGCUAUGAUGCCAAAGCUAUUUUGAGCUAUGUCACUACUGUUGUCCACUUCUUUCCUAAUCCCACGACAGAUUUACAACUUGUCAAUAAUUUCUCUCCCAGACACUGGUUUUAUAACAUUCAAAUUUCUGAUAAAUACAGUGCUAUUGUAGAAUUCAUCAAUUUCUAUGAAAAUUUAUUUAGAUCACUUCGAGAACAUUUCAUCGAAAACAGGAUAAAUGUUCUAUUACAACAGCAACAUCCAGGGCUAACUUCUACAGAGGACAUCGUUUCCGAUCUUUUAAAAAACAAGAAGAAGAAAUUUUCUGAUAAUUCCAGAUCCCAGGUUGAUGUUUAUUCCUUUAUAUCAAAUUCCCAUACUACUUCUCCUACAAUUCAAAUGGGAAAUCCAAUAUCAGUUAAUCCUUGUUCAUUUAAAUCUGUUCAAGUUGUUUUAGAAAAUUUGAAGUGUACUGCAGGAAUUCCAGAUCAUAGAAAAUGGAGUAUAGUAGGUUGUGAUGGGCUUCCUUUCCUUCUGUCUCAUCGCAUCAUAAAAGACAACCCCCAUCUUCAAGAUAUACUCCUCCAACCUGGACUGGGACAUGUUGAAAUUAAUAUGUCCAAAGCUGUUAUAAAGCUUUUAUGGCAAGUCAUAGGGGUAGAUUUGGCCAAACUAUUAGGCUACAGAUCGCCAAAGGCACUCCAAUCCUGCUUAGAUGCCAAUGAUCACCACAAAGCCAUGCAGUUCAUUGAAAUUCUUCUUUUUGGAACAGGAGAUGAAUUGUUGUACCCCUACGUGUAUCAUUGCUCCGAAAGGGAAAUGGAACCUUCUGGGAAAGGGUUUUUCGCCUGGUGUAAGGAAGUAAAGGAUCCCAACUACAUGUUCUUGCUGGAGUCCAUAUUUACGUAUGCACUAGCAGUGUACUUGUUUAGAGCAGGGAUACGACGUAAUAACAGUAACGUCAUUAUGGCCUCCAGACUGAAGUUUUCUCCCCUUUACUUUGGUGUGUCCAAAACCAACUAUCAACAGAUUGAAUUGUUAGACAUCAUUAUGAGAGUAUGUGCACCAACUGAAGUCCUUAAAUUCAUCCAGGAGCACGAGUCCUUCACUCGUAAGAAUUGCAUGGUCUUAACUCAACUGCACAAAAAUGCCAAAUGA